AUGGCUUGCCUGAAAGGCCAGUGCCAAGCAAGGGCCCACACCGUCAACGACGAGGUGGUCCAUACUGUGAACGAACAUACUCACGGAGCGGAUAACCUGAGGUUGGAAGCUGUCUUCGCUUAUUGGGCUAUGAAGGAGAAAGCACGCGCCACGGAAGAGCCAAACCAGAGUAUCAUCAGCACAAUGGCAAAUGAGACCACAUUUGAUGCUCUCCAUUACCUGCCCUCGAGGGACACCAUGAAACGGACGCUUCGGAGGAACAGGGCCCGUGAGCAGAGACCACAUGUCCUCCCAACAAGCUUAAGCGAAUUGACAAUUCCGGCGGAGUAUGCCAUGAAAAAUGACGGAACUCAGUUCCUGCUUUAUGACUCUGGUUUGGGACACACCGAAAGAGUUAUCAUAUUUGGAAGCCCAGCGAUGCUGUCUGCACUACGAUCCUCGGACUUCUGGCUGGCAGAUGGGACUUUCAAAGUUGCCCCACAGCUCUUUUUCCAGUUAUACCCCGUCCACUGCAGGGUCAACGGUUCUGUUCUUCCGGCAGUUUAUGCACUAAUGACACAUAAGACCACGACAGCGUAUAUCACACUACUGACAGCACUGAAGAACGAGUGCGGGCACGAAAACCAACCGGACGUUGUAGUGCUGGACUUUGAGCAAGCGGCCAUCAAUGCCUUCCAGGAUGUGUUCCCUAACACUGUCGUGCGUGGAUGCUUCUUCCACUUAUCUCAGUGCAUAUACAGGAAAGUCCAAAAUGUUGGCCUGCAAGAACUGUACGCAGCUGACCCGGACAUCAGCCUAAAAGUCAAAAUGAUUGCUGCUCUAGCUUUGGUGCCGGAGGACGACGUCGCCCUAGCAUUCGAUGCUCUGGAAGAGAAUAUUCCGCAAAAUCUCCUUCGUGUCCUAGAUUACUUCGAGGAUAACUUCAUCGGCUGA